AUGGGACAUUGGGAAAUUGUUAUGCACAGGAAGUUUCAAAGGCGCGCGCAACCCCCACACCGUGGUCUUAUACCUCAAAAUGUUUGCUGGAAUCAGGCAUUUGACAUUUGGUCUACUGCAGCAAAGGUUUACAAGAGUCUUUUGCGUGAAGUUGGUUUUGGUGACUUAUUGAAGAUAAAACCCAUUAUGAUUAGCUUGCCACGCUAUAUUUGUGCUUUAGCAGAACGAUAUUUCUCCGAGACUCAUACAUUACAUCUUGACAUUACAUCUGCAGAUUGUGCUAAGCUUCUUAGACUUGAGGGACCUACAGGGGUUAUCUUCGAGGGCAAAGUUCAGCUAGAUGCUUUGUGCCCUAGUAAUUUGGACUUCAGUAAGGAUCCAACUACCGAUGAUAGAGAUUGGAUGCUUAUCCUUAACAUAAGGGCUCAGAGCAUGUUAGGAUAUACUUAUGGAUUGGAAAAGAUCUGCCUCACUAUAGCUCGACCAUGA